GCUGAAUUUCUGAUUAUUUGUGCUCUUCAAAAUUUUAUUAUUGAAGCUGAUAAAAAAAAUUUUUAAUAAUUUCUUGUGGUCGCAUUCACCGAACACACAUUUGUUCACAUUUCAUCGAAGGAAACAUAUGUUUUUGAAACAAAAACUUUUUGUAAAACCAAAUGAAAUCAGAAGUGUGGAAAUCAAUUGAAAAAUCUAAUAUAUGCACAUAAUCUUCCUAAGCCGUACUGAGAAUUUUAAUCAAUUUAACCACAAUUUACAGAAUUUGCUCACUGAAACCAAUAUGGAUGAAGGAAAUACAUUGAUAAAUGUUGCACAUGUACUUGAAAGUAUUUCAAAUGAAUUGAUCAUUGAACAAAAUAAAUACAGUCCAGAUUAUUCGCAAACUGCUCAUCAUUGUGUUGCACAGUGGUAUUAUUAUCAUCGAUCAAAAUGGUUCAAGUACGAAAGAAAAUUGAAUGCACGUAUCGAAAAAGCUUACCAAGAGGGUGCAAAACGCAUGUACAUUACUUCUGGACCUCACCUGGAAUAUAUUGAUUUUAAGGCAAUGAAGGCUGUAUGCGACAGUGCACAUAUACCAAAUGCUUUCUUAAAACGUGAGGAAGUUGCUUCAAAAGCAAUUUCACCACUGCCACCGCUAUCAAAAUUUGUUAUACCAGGCUUAGCUAUUGCAGUGGCUAAUGAUAUUGUUAACAAAUCAUUAUCGUUCUUGGAUAAUCGUUUUCCUGAUCUUAUUGAUACCACCAAGGAACGAAUUCAAAAAAAACAAAAUGCUAUUAUGACCUCAAGUAAAUAUUCGGAUAGUAAAAUGAAUUCAUCUGGCUUUGAUAUCAAAAAAAAUGGAAUUAAGACUAUUAAGAUCAACAAACCAAUUCACGGAUCUCUUAUCGAACGUGGAGGCAAUGAGCUGUAUCGACUAACAGACAUUUUAGUACGUGCAACUGAAGAGAAUUCGAUUGCUGUUGGUGCAGAAACAAUUGAAUUGUUGGAAUCCACCAAGAAAGAAUUGGAAUUAUUAAAUGAAUUAAGUUAUUAUUCUUUUGUUAAAGAGUAAGUCCAUUAUGUAAAUU